AUGUCUCAAGCCCAGCCCCUUCGUUUCCAGGCCCAGAGGAAACACGUCAAAUUUCAGGAUAGCCAAGCCAAUGCUAUGAAGGAACCAGGAACCAGUGGGUAUGGCUAUGGGAUGAAAGAUGACAAGAAUAAGGAUGUGGAUACAAUAGCUUCGGACUUCAUCAAUCUUAAGCACAGGGCUUGGGCACUCCAGAAGAGCACAACCAUGUACCAACCUUCUACUUAA